AUGCGAUGGCUUGGUCUGCUCCAUUCUCUCGAGCUCCAGUGACGGGGAGGACCAUGGCUCAAAUUGCGGAAUGCAGUGGUCAUUUGAAAGUGCCAGGCGGAGAGAAAUUGCCUUUCAACUUGCUAUCAUUAUGCUGGGGUAAAUCACUACUAGUUGCUAGUCGAGCAAGGUAGCAGUAGUAGUGUCGUUAGCAAGAAAUGAAUAUUACAUUAUGGAAGACGAUCGGAAGCCUCUGAGCAGAGCCAAAAUGUCCUUAACGGAUUAUUUUAUUGUGACAGCGUUGUAUCUCGUUGAUGCCAUGGAAUGGAGUCAACAGACGAGAACACCGCAAGUUAUGACUGAUCAACAGUAUGGAUUCCACGAAUUUGUUCCCAGCAGCUCUAACCUUCCUUCUGCCGAAGGUCACUUGCAAAGAGUCUGUUCUACUCAACCUAGUUCGAGUGGCUCCACUUCUGUCGCGGAACCGCCCUUGGAAGUUCAUGAAGCACAGUCCACGUCCACCGAGACGACGUCUGUCAUGGGAGCUGAGGAUGUAUCAAAACCGGUACCUGGAAUUACCAGUGUAUGGUCUGGACAAACGGACCAAGAGUGUUUUCCCAUGGAAAGGCUCAAAGAAGAUCAGAAGUUUGCGGACACUCAGGGAAGAAGAAGCGAAGGCUGGUGUAAAUGA